AUGCACAUCUACUGCUCGCCACCAAGAUUCGGGCGCGGGAGCGCCCAGGUAAAAACUAUACAUGGAAGCGAUCGGGGUAGCGACAGCAUAAGCCCCUGGAAUAUAAGUGCUAGCCGCAAGGGGUUGGGUACCACUCAGCGUAUAUGCAACAGCAUCGAGUGUACAGGUGUAUCUCGAGUGUCACUAAAGGAUGUCACGGAUUCUAGGACAGGUGCUGGAGCAACUAUGUGGUUGAUGGUAGUAGAUAAUAAUUCUAAGGAGAGAACUACUACAAGAUCUAUCUACACAUGUAUAUAUACAAAAGAGCCUCAUGUUCUACGACGUCAUUGCACUAUCAAUUGA